AAUGUGUAAAAGUGGCUUGGUCACCUAAAAUUAAUUAGGCUGGGAACAUUUUCACCAAUAUCAUCCAUGCAAUAGGGAGUUGUUUUCGAAGAUACAAAUAAUGCUUUUACUGGAAACCCGUGAUUGUACUCGCUUGCACAGCAUUUAAAUUUUUGACAAAGUACUCUUAGUCGACAAAUUCUUUUUCUCAAGUUCAUUUAGGAUAGCUUCUACUUAUUCAAUUAAUUACGACCUGUAUUCAGACAUGGUAAUCAACAUCCACUUAGUCCAGGGGUGGAUUCCAAGUCCGUAUUGUUAGUGCAUCCGAAGUGUUUGAUGUAAUUGCAAUAUGAGUGGAUAGCAAAAUCAAGUACAUGAAGUUUAUGGGAAAGUUGUAUAUAGAAAAAUUAUAAAAUCAUGGUUCUGGUAUACAUUCAGCAUACCGUUUCUGGCGUUUUCAAUCUUCAGAAUCUUAAGUACACUUUCAAUUAAACGCCACGGAGCACGAGUUGUGUUUUCGUUUUCAAGUUUGUCCCGUCUCUCAUGCUUUCAUUUGCUCAGAUACUGCUUUCUGGUUUAGCUGCUUGCACUUUGGCUGCUCCGAUUGCUGAAAAGCGUUCCGACUAUUACUGGUGCAGACUCCGCAAUACCGCUUUGCAAGAUAUGUAUGAUUACUGGGAAAUUAGUAGCUGUGACGGUAUUAAAGUUUGUGUUCAAUGGAGCAAGGGCGAUCACUGGCUGACUAUGGACGACCUUGCUGGCUAUGACCGACAGAACUGUUACCGAGACUUGUCAUUGAAAGAAACUUGUGGUGAAGGCCACACAAAAAUCACGGAUGGUUUCUGGUUUCAGAAAUCGAAUGCGUGUUCUGACCUUUCAUGCGAACAAAAAAGUUGUGCUUUUCAAGCAUUCUUGAACAAGCAUGGUGGUUCAAUUCAAUAUGAUUCUAACAUUGACACGAAUGUUGUCUUUCAGAAGGCCGAUGACCCCGAGUGCUAUGAUACUUAUGUCAUAUUUAACCAGUAGAGGAUAGCUAUUGAAUUUAUUGCACCGUUACAAUGAAGACUAUUGCUGAAGACCAUGAGUGUGUAUACUGGUACAACUGGGAGGUU